GUUUUCGCGCAUGCGCAGUGCCAUGUAAACACAACUGUCGCGGUUGGUUGUGGUUCUGGCUGUUUUAGCUAGAUAGGUUGAACAAAAAUAGCUGUUAUACUCGGGCUUUGGCACUGAGAUCGUUAGAUUUUUGACAAGGAAACUUUACUUUUUUUCUGCAGUAUGUGCCUUUGUCAGCUAUUUAAGAGCGUCAGCUUCGAAGAUUAGCUAGCAGCUAGUUAGCUUUUAACCUAGCGUUUGUGACUGGCUUUUUUAACUGUCCUAGCUAGCUUAAUGCUAUUUCGGUAAGACCCGGUUACUAUGCAAUUUUUAAUUACCAAUUAGUUACAAUUUUGAGUAGUUAAUUAUACACGAUAAUCCUUUCGGUGUUGCCAAAAUGUCUUAUAGUUUCACAUUAAUAUUUACCAUAAUUAGCUAGCUUGGCAAGGCUAUUUUGCUAACUCAGGCGAUAGGCCAUCGACUGAAAGGAAUCAAGCUAACAAGUCGAUAACGUCAACUGUUCGGGUCCUCGGUACUGAUCAGAACAAAAACAACGGGAACUCACCGAGAUUGAUUUAGUGUCAUCAUAUGUUGACUGAAAACAGGAAACGUCAGCGCAGCGGCGGUGAUGAGGAGAGUGGCCACCUGGUGCCUCAGGCCAAGAGGCAGAGCAGAUCUCACCCGCUCUCUCCUGAGCCGGGCCGGGAUGCGUGGGACUCUGAGUCCUCCAACAGUGAGAGCAGCAGCAGCAUCAGCAGUCCGGAGCAUGCGGCUGGGAGCUGUGGCAGUCAGUGUGUUGUGGGCCCCAGCAGUCCGGUCGGCUCCGGGGACUCUACAGAAAUGGCCGGUGGCGCCACAAGCCUGGUGACCUACCUGCAGAUCAACCGCAUCCUGAAGCACGCCCACUUCCAGAGCCUGCAGAGCCGAUGUCCAAUCAGAGACACAUGACGACCCCAUGUCUCUCUCUGUGUGCCACCAGAGGAGCGAGUCCCUGAGGCAUGCCGGAGCCCCACAUGCUGAUUCACUUCAUUCAGCUCUUCCCACCCAUCUCCAGUUACUGUGAUCUCCCACAGCUCUAACAUACCUGUGGAUGAAGCGAUCAGCACUUGGUCAGGUAUCUGGAGGGGAUUCAUCAUUCAAAUAAAUCAAAAGUGAUAAUCAUUUUAGCAAUAAUAACUGUGUGAUCAACUUAAACACAUUUUUUGUGAUCCACUUAUUUUCUGACCUGUCUGGUUUACAUGCUGCUCUGACGGGACUGAUUGAAGAUGACAGAUCCCUGUGUUUUGUCUUAAAUGUUGUAUGAAAACAGUGCUACUGGAGCUGCAGAAAGUGGCACCAAACACGAUUUAAUGCCGGUCAGUGUGACUCGUUUAGUCUCAUAGUAGGGUACGUAAGUUGUACUGAAUCUGAUGUCUGUGUAAGAACAUGGACCAGUCUCAGGGAGGAUUUGCACUUGUCUUGGACUGCUCAUUUGCUUUCAUAUUCAGACGGGCAACCCUCUACAGGGACCUGUAGAACCAUGGGUGGUAACUUGGCCAAGGAGGUUAUGCUUUCUGACCCUAUUUUGUUAGUAUAUAGAUUAUUUAGAGUUCAGUUAAAUUCAGUGGAGAGCCAUCUUAUGCGUUAGGUGAUUUGGUUUUAGUGUGGUUUGUUUUAGGACUUAGAACACUGCAAGAUGAGGCAUUUUGAACACUUCUACCAAUUGUCCAUCUGCACUUACUUGUAGGACAUUUUUCAAUACUUAACAAAGUACUGUAUGUUUGACGGUCCUGAUGCCGAUAACAAUUUCAAAAACCAUUGAUUGCUAAACCAGGUGUUGCUUACUGACAUGUUUCAUUUUCUCCUGAUCAGACUUAUUAGACCAUUCAUUUGUCAGCAGGAAAAUGAAAAAAACUAUUGGCCUGGUUUUCAUGAAACUCAGUGGAAAAUGUAAGCAUGGGUCAAAGGAGAACCCAUUCAAUUUUGGACCUGGAUCAUCGGUCGGAUACAAACUUGAUCUUUUACUCACGGAAACAGCCUUGGCAGAGGUCUGUGCUCCGCGUGUGCCCUUCUCGUUAUUUAAGGAAAUGAAAUAUGUUGUAAUGAUUCUCUGAAUACAAGUUGAUUCAUGUUAAAACUGAUCAUGAUAGGAAGCUUACCAUGAAAAAAUAACUUGGAAUCAUUUUUAUAGGAUUAGGUCUGAUAAGUAGGUGGUUAAGGUUUCUUCUGUUUUCUUGUGAUCAUGGGAACAUUUAGUGAUCACAAAAUUACCAGCUUUGUUUUAUCAUGACCACAAAAGCAAACAAGACAAUGGUGUUCAAACCGCAAACUCCAUACAACUUUCCAUACUCCUUUUUAGCCUUUUCAAAUUGUUUUUGAUUGUAUGGAAGCCUUUGAGCAUGUAGGAAAAAGUAGUUGUGUCUGUCCAGAGGGGGUUACAUCACAGCCUUUAGGAACAAAAAGACAUUCCCUGGGCUUUGUUUGCGAUAUGACCACUGAAAUGCUGUUUUUAAAAUCGCAGACAAGCCUUUCUGCUUGUGCACUAACAUUGGAUGGUUGCUGUGUGUGUGUCCUUGUGCACUGAACAUCCAGGUACAAGCACUGACCACGAGGCUGUGCGUCUCUUCUCUGAGCAUUAGAUUGGUUUUAUUGCUAAAGCCUAAUUGCAGGAGUAAGCAUAGCUGUUUUGAUUUUAUUUUCAGACUGGUGUGUCAGAAGUUAAAGCAUUUUGAAGAUGUGGUUUAUUUUUUUCAAUGAAAUAUUUUUUGUAUUUAGUGAUGUACAUGACAUUAGCCUGCCAUUUACUUUUUUUCUUGUAAAUACCCCUUCAUUUCCAAAAUAAAAAUUAAUGUUUUUGAAAAACG